AAAGUGAUAUAUCAUUUUUCAAUUCGGUUUUUGGUUUGUUUAUUUUUGUUUUUUGUCGAUUUUUUUACACCUGUUGUCACCAGUUUGUAAAAUGAUUUCGAUCAUGAGAUCUGAAUUUAAAUCUUUAUUCAGAAUAUUUUAUAUUAGUGUUAACAACAAUAAAAAUCGUACCGUAAUAACUCCUUUUUACCAUAAUAAUGAUACAAGUUUUCUUCGUUUGUUUUCAUCAUCGUCGUCAAAAGAAUUAGAUGAAAAAACCUAUGAAGAAUUAGUGAAUAAAACAUUGGAUAGUCUAAAUGAUCAUUUUGAACAAUUUUUCGAACAAAUUGACGAUAAAAAUUGUGAUAUUACUUUUAAUAAUGAUGUACUAACCGUAUCUUUAGGUUCAAAAGGUGUUUAUGUGAUCAAUAGACAAACGCCAAAUCGACAAAUUUGGCUAUCAUCACCAAUCAGUGGCCCAAAACGUUAUGAUUAUAUCGAUGGUGAAUGGAUAUAUCGACAUGAUGGUCAAACUAUACAACAAUUACUUCAAAAAGAAAUGAAGCAAUUAUUCAAUGGAAACUAAUUAAGAGACUUUGAACUUGAUUGUAAUCUUCAAUUGUCGGCUAUAGCGUUGUAUUAUUCAAAAAAUCAUAUUGUAAAUUUUUUUUUUCAACAAAAUUGAUUUAUUAUUAUGUAAAUGUUAUUAGAGAUAUAGGUUAUUUAUUUAUUAUUAUUAUUAUCACAAAAACAAUGAAAUAACAAUUU